GGCCAGCGGCCCCAGAAACGCACGGCAGAGACCUUUGGGAGAGACCGACCGCGCCGCGCAGGCGCGCCAUGGCUCGCCAGUGGUCGGAGCUGCUUCUGGACCCUCUGUUCUCUGUGUACAGCGCUUCUCCUACUGCCGCCUCCUCUUCCCCUGGACAUGCAGGACCCCCUUGUUUGGAUGGCUCCUGUUUGUCCCAUGAGUCCUCUUGGGUAGGAUCCAACACAGCCCAAGCAGCCACCACCCUUGGGGUUUUCAUCUAGUGUGAAGGUUGUAUCCCAUCACUUACUGAGGAGGAGCCCAGAUCUCAGAACCAUGGCUCAGGGACCCGUGUCCUUCAAGGAUGUGACCGUGGACUUCAGUCAGGAGGAGUGGCAGCACCUGGACCCUGCUCAGAAGACUCUGUAUACGGAUGUGAUGUUGGAAAACUAUGCCCACCUUCUCUCCGUAGGUUGUGACAUGUCUAAACCCGAUGUCAUCCUCAGACUGGAGCGAGGGGAGGACCCCUGGGCAUCAUUUGCAGGUCAUGUCUGUUUAGAAGGAAAUUGGAGCUCACGAGAGAUUUUAAUGAAAUUCAAAGGACACCGUGGUACACACCCUAGAUCUUGUGUGUGUGUGAACUAUAAAGAACUGGCUAAGGAGAGCAGUACAUAUCCUGACUGUGACACCUGUGGAGACAUUUUAGAAAGUGUUUCAGAAUUAAUCAACAGUAAUCCAAGCCCUGCAAGGAAGAGACAGAGUGAGUAUGAUGGAUAUCAGAAACCAUGCCCAAAUUCCAUGCGAGACCCGGGGCAUCCUGAAUUCAAAUUCCAUAUUCCAAGGGACAAGACUUGCAGUCACAGUGUUGAACCCAGACAUGAGAAAGCAGGUGCUCCGGGACAGCCAUUUGGAGGUGAGGACUGGGAACAGUCAUCUCUUAGAAAGGGGAAUCCGUCCGUACAUAACAAAAGGAAAAGCGCAACAAAUACUGAAAAGAACCACAUCUGCACAGAAUGUGGGAAGUCCUUCUGCAGGAAGUCAAUGUUGCUUCUGCACCUGGCAGUUCACACAGAGGAAAAGCCUUACCAGUGCCCUCAGUGUGGAAAUGCAUUCAGAAGACGGUCAUAUCUUAGUGACCACCAGAGGACUCACACCGGGGAGAAGCCCUUUGUUUGCAAUGAGUGUGGGAAGCCCUUCCGCCUGAAGACAGCCCUGACGGAUCACCAGAGGACACACACAGGGGAGAGGUCGUAUGGAUGUCCACAGUGUCAGAGUGCCUUCAGGUUGAAGUCCCACCUCAUCCGUCAUCAGAGGACUCACACGGGAGAAAAACCGUAUGAGUGUAUUGCCUGUGGGAAGGCCUUCCGCCAGAAGACGACACUCUCCCUCCAUCAGAGGAUUCACACAGGCGAGAAACCCUAUGUUUGUAAAGACUGUGGGAAAUCCUUCCACCAGAAAGCAAACCUCACCGUCCACCAGAGGACUCAUACAGGGGAGAAGCCCUACAUUUGUAAGGAAUGUGGGAAGUCGUUCUCCCAGAAAACAACACUUGCUCUUCAUGAGAAAACUCAUAGUGAGGAGAAGCCCUAUAAGUGUAAUGACUGUGGGAAGACCUUCCGCCAGAAAACAACCCUUGUGGCCCAUCAGAGGACGCACACUGGGGAGAAAGCGUACGCGUGUCCUCGCUGUGGCAAGGCCUUUAGAAUGAAGUCGUACCUCGUUGACCACCACAGAACCCACACCGGCGAAAGACCGUACGCCUGUGACCAGUGUGGGAAGUCCUUCAGUCAGAAGACCAAUCUCAACCUACACCAGAGGAUUCACACUGGGGAGAAACCCUAUGUUUGCAGCGAGUGCGGGAAGCCCUUUCGGCAAAAAGCAACGCUCACUGCACACCAGAAGAUCCAUAUGGGGCAGAAGUCCUAUGAGUGUCCGCAGUGUGGGAAAGCCUUCAGCAGGAAAGCUUACCUCAUUCAUCAUCAACGAACUCACACGGGGGAGAAGCCCUACCAAUGCGAAGACUGUGCAAAGUGCUUCCGCCAGAAGACAAACCUAAUUGUCCACCAGAGAACUCACACGGGGGAGAAGCCCUAUGUAUGUAACGACUGCGGCAAGUCCUUCAGCUAUAAGAGAAACCUCCUUACCAAGCACCAGAAGACUCCUGCUGCUGAAAAGCCUUUUGAGUGUAAGGAGUGUGGGAAAGCUUUUGGGCGAGCCUCACACCUCGUUGAGCAUCAGAGAAUCCAUACGGGUGAGAAACCCUAUGUUUGUAAAGACUGCGGGAAGGCUUUUUUUCGUAGUUCCCAGCUGACUGUGCACUGGAGAACUCACACAGGGGCUAGGCCCUAUCAGUGUAGAGACUGUGGAAAGACCUUCAGACAGCACUCGCAGCUCACCGUGCACCAGCGGAUCCACACCGGGGAGAAGCCCUACAAAUGUAAGGACUGUGGGAAGGGUUUUAUCUAUAGCUCAGAAGUCACUCGCCAUCAAAGAAUUCAUUCUGGGGAAAAACCUUAUGAAUGUAAGGAAUGUGGGAAAGCCUUCAGACAGCACGCACAGCUCAAGCGACAUCAGACCGUUCAUACUGUUGACAGACCCUUUGAAUGUAAGGACUGCGGAAAGGCCUUUAGUCGGGGUUCAUACCUCAUUCAACACCAGAGAAUUCACACGGGGGACAAGCCUUAUGAAUGUAAGGAGUGUGGGAAAGCCUUCAUUCGUGUUUCCCAGCUGACUCACCACCAGAGGAUCCACACCUAUGAGAAACCCUACAUAUGCAGGGAGUGUGGUAUGGCUUUCAUUCGCAGCUCACAGCUGACCGAACAUCAGCGAAUUCACCCUGGUAUCAAACCUUAUGAAUGUAGAGAAUGUGGGCAGGCCUUUAUCCAUGGCUCACAGCUCAUCAACCACUACCAACAAGUUCACACUGACUAGAGGGUUCUGGGAUAUUUGUGCACUCUGCGAAGAUGUAUCCCUGUGAUUGUUGCAAUAAA